UUCAAAUCAGUUUUCAUGAACUAAAAUAGAUAACAUGAACAGUAACUUGAUUGAUAUCAAAUUUCGUAUUACCAAUCCAAUUGAUAUCUCUCAAUGUUUGGCUGAAGUCAUCAAAAGAGAUUAUUUCCAAGCUGCGAGUAUAUUUUCAUCAGAUUUGAAUGAAAUCGGUCAAUUACGUCAGAAGGUCGAGUCAUUGAAGGACCAUGAAGUUAAGCCCGAAGGUGAAUCCACUCUUAUUCGAUACUAUGCUACCUUGGAUACCCUCGAGAAAAAGUUCCCUGAUGAUCAGAUUGAAUUUCAAUGGUAUGGUACUUUAGGGUAUAGUCCCAUUGGGCCAUAUGGUUUAAGAUCGAUCGUAUACGAGCAACUCAAUGUCCUUUAUCAAUUGGGUAGCUUAUUAUCUCAGCUUGGAAUCUCCCAGUCUCGACAUACUGACGAAGGCUUGAAAAAAUCAUGCUUAUACUUUCAACAAGCAGCCGGUUGUUUUCAAUUACUAAAUGAUCAAGUCUUGAAUAAUACAGGUAAGUUGACCAACAAUGGGGCCAUAAGACUUCCAGAGGACUUUCUGCAGUCUACAUUAGAGUUCUGCCAGUAUUUAAUGUUAGCACAGGCUCAAGAAGCUAUUUGGCAAAAGGCCAUUGGCAAUCCUGAUUUGAAAAAUUCGGUAAUUUCGAAGCUUUCUUACCAAACUUCUGAAUAUUAUUCCAUUGCAAUGAAAAAGGGAAUUGAAUCUUCCACUAUUAAACAAGAUUGGAUUAAUCAUACGACGGUGAAAUACAAUCAUUUCAAGGCAGCUUCCCAUCUUCGAACAUCGUAUAUUUGUCAAGAAGCAUUUAAGUAUGGAGAGCAAGUUGCUCAUUUAAAAGCUGCUUCAAAUUAUUGCGCAAAUGGUAUGAAAUACCAGAGAUACGUUGCUGAAUUUGUUGUUGAGGAUUUACAAGGGUUACAAGAAACGGUUACCACUCUUUUACGAACUGCCGAAAAAGAUAACGACUUGAUUUAUUUGAAAGUAGUACCAGCUGAAAAAGAUUUAUCACCACAUCAAGGAGUGUCUAUGGUUAAAUCAUUAGUUCCUGAUUUGAACCACCCGGUAAACAUAUUUGAAGAAUUGAUACCUUAUGUAAUAAUUCAAAUCUGUCAAGCAUUUAGAGAAAGACAGGAUAGUUAUGUGAAGGAUCAAUUGAUAUUCCCUAUCCAAGCAUUGAGUAAAAUGAUUAACACAUUUAUUACUGAACGGGGACUACCAGCAUCGAUAGACUCAAUUCAGAAACCCGAUGGGCUACCUGAAUCGAUAAUCCAGCAUUCAAGAGAAAUACUGAACCAUGGAGGAUUGGAAACAAUUGAUCAUGAAUUGAGCGAAAUGAAUCGAUUGGGGAUCAUCUGCAUUCAGAUUUUACAAGGGUGCCAAGAACGAUUGAAAAAGGACGCUGACGAAGAUAACAUAUUAAGAUCGGAAAAGGGAGAAAGAUGGAAUAGAAAGCCUUCACAAGUUGCCGCAGCUCCUUUAGUUGGCAGAAUCAAGACUAUGGGCGGCUACCUAAGUCAAGCUAAAACUGGUGAUCAAGUCAUUCUUCAAGAAUAUGAAGAGAUUAAAGAACACCUCAAGAUAUAUUGUUUGGGAUAUGAUGAGUUGAUUAAGUAUAUACCAUCAACAAACUUUAUUGAAAUGAAUCAAGAAGUAAAUCUGAUAAUUUUGCAGUUAAGAGACUGUUUGGGAGAAAUGGAUAUAAGUUUUGAAACAAGGAGUCAAUUUAUUCAAGGUUUAGAAUUAAAGGCGAGAGAUAAUAAUAUCUUACCGAUAAUUUUAGAAAGUUACAAGAAGGACCGAUCAAAUUUUACCAAUCUGGAAGGGUAUAUAGACCCAAAGUUGUUUGAGCCAUUUUAUGAGAAGCAUUUGAAAAUGUUUGAAGCUGAUUUCAAGUAUUUACAAGAUGAAAAAUCCAAGCAGAAAACCCUUGAAGAUAAAAUACAUGUUUUAAACGAAAAAUUCAAGGUGGCUAUUGAGUACCAUCAAAUAAAAUCCCAAGCUGAUAGACAAACCAUUUUACAAAGUUUAGAAAGAGCAUACACCAAGUAUUUACAGUUACUUUCUGAUUUAAAUGAAGGAACUCAUUUUUACUCUGAAUUAAUCAAGAAUGGUAAUAACUUACUUCGAGAAUGUGAUGAGUAUAUCAACCAGAGAAGAAUAGAGGGCCGCCAGCUAGAAGAGAAAUUGAGCUACUCACUCGACUACACCGAGGGCCAGGACACGAACCAACUAAACGGAUUAAGGGACGAAGUAAGUGGAACUUGGGACCCAAGUAUGGGUGUAAAAUUUAGUUAAAUGGAUGUUUUUUUUCAUA